AUGUCUCUGGGUACUGGGCACAACAUGCAGUCUUAUUCCUUGAUUGCCAUUCUAGGCUUUGCCAGUGCUACACUUGUCGCUGGACAGCAGUUCGAAUGGUACUCUUACCCAUGGGAUAUUCUCAACCUGACGCAAGCAUGCUUUAACGCCGUUAACUCGAGUGUUUCUUCAUGCCCUUCUCUACUUGCAACUCAUACAACCGGCACCGGCACUGUUGACAUAUUGGCCGAGGAUGCUCUCCAGGCCCUUUGUGUUGACAGCUGCAGGAAAGAACUACAGGCACUUCGCGGCACUGUCCAAGCGGCAUGUACAGGGCAGGAAGACGUGAUGGUCUAUGACAAUGUUGCAUAUCCCGCAACAUUCAUGAUCGACAAUCUUCUAUACACGUACGAUGUGAGCUGCUACAAAGAAUCCUCAUCAGGAAAGUAUUGUGACUUGGUCUUGGCAGAAUGGCGAGGCCAGAAAAAUGCAACGGACGAUGACAGAGCAGCGCAUAAUUGUUCUGAUUGUAUCCUUGGGCCAUUCAAAGUACAGCUAGAAUCGCCGAUAGGUUACGACGAUGAGUGGGCAGAAGACUUUGCUUCAUUGACUUCUAGCUGUAGCGCUACUGGAUACACCUAUGUAGCGCCUACAGGAUACGCGUUGAAUUCCUCUAUUACAUCGUCUAUCACAGCAACGAAGACUGGCACUGGUACUGGUGCUGCUACUCCAACCUCUACCCACACCUGUGCAUCCACAUACACGGUACAGGCUAACGAUACAUGCCAUUCAAUUGCUUCCAAACAUAGCGUCUCUACAUACAACCUCAUGGUCGCCAAUGACAUUACGAUUUUCUGCUCAAACCUGGCUGCACCUGGAGAAAGCAUUUGCAUUCCGGAGAGCUGCAACUCGACAACCCUUUUGGCUGGGGAUACUUGCGCUCAGAUGAUGUCUGACUGGAACGUAAGCAUGGCGCAAAUCCUAGCUUGGAAUCCGAUUAUCAGCCCUUUGUGUGACAAUUUUCAUCUAUUUUACGGAUGGGAAAUCUGUCGGGGACCCCCAGGUGGUGCUAUAGAAGUGCCCACAGGCGCUCCAACAACUACAUCUACUGCCACUACUACGGGUAUAGUCUACAGCACACCUGCCCCAAUUCCGACAAAUGCUAUGGCAGGUUCCAAUCACUACUGUGGGAAAUGGUAUACGACUAAAUAUAAUGACUCGUGCACCGAUAUUGCCGCUAAUGCCGGGAUUACAUACGAGGAGUGGCUGUUCCUGAAUCCAGACGUCUCUGUCAACUGCACGAACCUGUGGGAUGGGUAUGCCUACUGCGUUGGAGCCGUCGGCAACAUUGCGACCUACACAGGAUGGACCGUCACUGCAGCACCUACCACCAGCUUCACCAGACCUGCAAGUACAACAGAGACAUGGACUCCAGGACCAACCUAUACACAGCCACAUGCUCCAGGAACAUUGCAAGACUGUGCAGUUUAUAGAGAUGCUAUUGAUGCAAAUAAUAACCCAAUGAAGGAGUGGGGUCUCAAUACCGAUUUCAUGGACGAAAUUGGCCUUAAUUACUCAGCGUGUUCAUUUUAUUGCCACCCGUACUCGGUCACCGUUGAUGACUUCGUACAGUGGAACCCAAGUUUGGAUGCAUCGGAUUGUGUGGUUCGCAUGGGCUAUAGUUACUGCGUCCUGAUCUCAUACAAUUUUACUUCGGGAGCGUCUUCGGACGGUGGGCACGUUGAGACAUCAUGCGACACUGUCGACAAUGCAUGGAUCAUGAAGGGCACUGCGUCUGAUUGCAAUUGCUAUUACGUGAUACGUGGCAAAGAGGCUGAUGGCUAUGAUUGCUCCGUUCUAGUUGACGGCCCUGAUUCUUCUCUCACAGAAGCCAAGCUAGUGGAGCUGAACCCAUGGAUAGGGACGGGUGACUGCACGACUGGGCUGUUUGCAGGGCUUAAAGGUGAAGAACCGCGCGCAGUUUGUUUGGGUACUGGUCCACUGUCGUCAAGCACAUCUUUACCAACCCAAGCAACUAGUGCUGUCACUUCAACCAUUGGUACAGCCACAUCCCUCGUCCCUUCAGCGACCGUCACACCCCAACCGGGUGCGAUCAAAACAUGCAAUGCGUACCAUGUGGUAAAGAGUGGGGAUGAAUGUGAAACCAUUGCAAAGGCGUACGGGAUUGCGCUAGAGACGUUUUACAAAUGGAACCCACAGGUAGGGAGCGAUUGUAGAACUCUUUGGCUGGGAUAUGGUGUCUGUGUGGGGGUCUCCGCUUAG